AUGAACGCCCGUUGCCAGUGCGGCAGCGUCAGCUUCAAGACGCCCCUGCCCAAACCCUUGGCGCUGUACAUCUGCCACUGCGAGUCCUGUCGCCGGCAGACGAGCUCCGCCUUUGGCACGAGCGCCAUCUUUCCGCGCUUCACGCUGCCCGAGACGGAGCUGUUGAAUGUCUACGCCUACUUCUGCCGAACCUGCGGCACCCGCCUGCUCCACACCACGCCAAGCAAAAACGUCGUCUCCGUCAAGGGCGGCUGCCUCGAGGGCCUCGACUGGACAAAGGCCAUCCACAUCUGGACAAAGUCGGCCAUGGUGCCCAUCCCCGAGGGCUCCGAGGCGCACUCGGAGGAGACGUCGCUGACCACCGACUAUGGCGAGCUGCAGGACGAGCUCGACCAGCCGACCGACCUGCGCGGGUCCGGCGAGUACGAGGGGCAAGAGUCCUUUCGUGGCGCCGACGUGGUCGUCGUGGGGGAGGGGGAGGCGCCGCCUGCGCCUGUGUCGGGGGCGUGCGAGCUGAGCGGGUGA